GCUCCGGUUGCAGCCGCGGGAGGUCUGGACGCGGGCGGCCAUGGGGCUAGCUGGUAAUAAACAACACAUACCUUGCCUGAGUUGCUCUGAGGAGUGAUGCCUAAACCAUCUCAGUAUGGCCUGUAGAGGAGGAGGUGGGCAUGGCCAGCCGCCCUCAGCUGCACUCACCUGUGUUAGCCCUGGAAGUCAUUCCUCAAGUAGAACUCAUUCCCAUAGUAUAUGCAUGGUGUCUGACUUUUUCUACCCAAAUAUGGGUGGUGUGGAAAGCCACAUUUACCAGCUCUCUCAGUGCCUGAUUGAAAGAGGGCACAAGGUCAUAAUUGUCACCCAUGCUUAUGGAAAUCGAAAAGGCAUCCGAUACCUCACUAAUGGCCUCAAGGUCUAUUAUUUGCCUCUGAAAGUCAUGUACAACCAAUCUACAGCCACGACCCUCUUUCACAGUCUGCCAUUGCUCAGGUACAUAUUUGUUCGGGAGAGAGUCACGAUAAUACAUUCACAUAGUUCCUUUUCUGCCAUGGCCCAUGAUGCCCUCUUCCACGCCAAGACAAUGGGGCUCCAGACAGUCUUCACGGACCAUUCCCUUUUUGGAUUUGCUGAUGUCAGCUCGGUGCUUACAAACAAGCUUCUAACUGUGUCUCUUUGUGACACAAACCACAUAAUUUGUGUCUCUUAUACUAGUAAGGAAAACACUGUACUAAGAGCAGCACUGAAUCCUGAAAUAGUGUCCGUCAUUCCUAAUGCUGUAGAUCCUACUGACUUCACUCCAGACCCAUUUAGAAGGCAUGAUAGUGUAAUAACUAUUGUUGUUGUCAGCAGACUUGUUUACAGAAAAGGGACUGAUUUGCUUAGUGGUAUUAUACCUGAACUCUGUCAGAAAUAUCCAGAUUUAAAUUUCAUAAUUGGAGGAGAGGGACCAAAGAGAGUCAUUUUGGAAGAAGUACGGGAAAGAUACCAGCUACAUGACAGGGUGCGUCUCUUGGGAGCCUUAGAACACAAGGAUGUUAGAAAUGUCUUAGUUCAAGGACAUAUUUUUCUUAAUACCUCCCUUACCGAAGCAUUCUGCAUGGCAAUUGUAGAAGCAGCCAGUUGUGGUUUACAGGUUGUAAGUACCAGGGUUGGUGGAAUUCCUGAGGUACUUCCAGAAAAUCUUAUUAUUCUAUGUGAACCUUCCGUAAAAUCUUUGUGCGAAGGAUUGGAAAAAGCUAUUUACCAACUGAAGUCAGGGACGUUGCCAGCUCCAGAAAAUAUCCAUAACAUAGUAAAGACUUUCUACACCUGGAGGAAUGUUGCGGAGAGAACUGAAAAAGUGUAUGACCACGUGGCAGGGGAGGCUGUAUUACCCAUAGACAAACGACUGGAUAGACUCAUCUCUCACUGUGGCCCAGUGACAGGCUGCAUUUUUGCUCUGUUGGCUGUGCUCAACUUUCUCUUCCUCAUUUUCCUGAGAUGGAUGACUCCAGAUUCUAUCAUUGAUGUUGCAAUAGAUGCCACGGGGCUGAGGGGUGCCUGGACUCAUCAAUAUUCUUACAGCAAAAAAGGGGGAGAUAGUAAUGAGAUUUCUAAAACCAGGUAGAAGAAAACCUGGAUUGUUAAGAUUUUAAAUAUUUGUGAUCGUUCUACUGAGACUAUUGAAAAUAACCUUGCUUUUUUGUUUUUUUUAAGGAGUUAAUUUAAUAAGUUAUGCUACCUCUAUAUCAUUCAAUGCUUUAUUUUGAGGAAAGAUAAAAACUUAUGCAAUUCCUGAGUGUAGAAACUCCUUGCACUUAUCGAAAAUUUAGGAGAGAAAAUUUAAGCCACUCAGGUAUGAAAUUUUUCAGACUACUGAAAUCCCUCUAGCAGAGAUGUUUUAACAUUAUAUUUUGGGAGCUUUGGGUGCUGAAGGGCCAAUCGUUUUCUGGGUAUUUUUUGGCCAGUUUUUAAUGUUCUACCAUUAAUUAGACAUUCACCAGAUGUUUACAAGUUUUCUUUAGGGAAGUAUAACAACUAUAUGAACUAUUUUAGGUCAUGUUCAUAUACAUUUAUUAUACAUUUAAGUCAUGUUCUUGAACAUUUAUUGGGUACACUCAGUAAGUGUUAUAUCAAAUCAGCAGGUUUCUCCAGCAAGAUGGUCCGUUAUUUAUUGGCAUCUUUUGAGCGCCUCCCACCUGGAGAGCAUUGAACUAAACACUUCCUUCCGUUAAGGACCAGGGGUGUGUGUGCUCUUUAUUACUCAUAUUGCUUACUUCACUUCAUUGUAGUAACAGAAAUGGUAAAAUAUCCAGCCUGCCAGAAGUGCUCAUGCUAGUUAAUGCCAGAAUAGAAUUGCUGGCAGACGAGUCCUUUGAUCCUAUUGUAUGCAUUCUCUUAGGUAGAGCCUUUGUCUUCAGUUCUCUUUUUGAAAAUACUUUUUACUUUUGAAGUACUUGGGACCGAUACACUGUUGGUGAUGAUGGUGCAGAGAAACUCUCCACCUCUUUCAGUGCUUAGUUCAGUCUUCUGUAAAUGCCUUUGUGUUUUCUGAGCAGAAUGUACAAGGUGUGCCAUCUCAAAAUCCGCUGCUAUCCUGCACCUUUGAUCUAAGUCACUACCCUUCACUUGUGGCCUAACUGAUGUCUGAUGAGUAUUGUCAGUGUACAAAAGUCUUUUUCCAGAAUUUUUAAUUUAUAUCAAACUGAGUCUGAAAAUUUUAGAAACACAAGUGUCUUGUGGGUGGAUUUGUUAACUGGUAAUUGUCAUUGCCCAGAGCCAUGGGUUUUUUAACCCCAAAUUAUUCACAUGGUGUGUAUUAUUAAUUCUUUGAACUGUUUAAAAUAAGUUUUUGUGAAAUCAAAAUGAUGAGGCACUUGUGGGUGUACUAGAUAGAUUCGGUCAGUAUUGUGAGCCUGUACAAGAAUUUUUUUUUGUUUUUUACUGACAACAUGCACAAAACUUGUUACUUUUUGAAAAGUAUCUCAACAUGACUUUGAACUGGUUGCCACUGAUAUAAAGAAAUACAUUGUGUUUUGUUUGUACUAAAACACAAAUGUGAGUGUAAUUUUUUAAAUCUAGAAGUUAGGAUUCCUUUUGUUGAAGAAAGAUGGACUGAUCCAAACCAUUAAAUCUUAUUGGGAUUUUCAUGCGUAGAAGCUAAAGUAUAUAAAUAUGAAAUCGAACAGCACCAGUAUUCGUGAUAAAGUAAGAAACUGUAGCAUUUGGUUUUAUUUAUUCUAUUCAGCAAUUUUUAAAGGCAUACUCCUGUUUUUUCUUACAUUUUUAUUUUGUUUUUUCAAAAUUGUUAUGUUACGUGGCUUAAAUUCUUAGGACAGAAGUAGGAUUUAAAGUUGUCUUUGCAUGUAAACUUUAUCAUUUGCAAAUUCUUUUCCUUGGGAUUUUUUUUUCCCCAACAGAUGAAAGUAAAUUUGCUUGUCUUACAUAAAUCUUAAUUUUCAGGCUUCCUUGAAUACCUUAAUUAUAACUGUCAGAGUUGCACUGGUCAAUAUGUGGAAACAUAUUGCACUACCCUGCUACUUAUGUUUAUUUGAAAAUGACUUUACAAGCAAUGAGAAUUUAGGAAAAAUACAUUGUUUUUCUUUUGAUGUUACAAAAAGUAAUACCUGUAAAACUGGUUUAUUAAAACAUGCUACAUGUCCAAAAAUAAAGUUCAGAAUGACAUUUUAA